AUGCCAAUGCUCACACACUUUCCCAUCAUUGUCUCCAGGUAUGAUACUUCAAAGCUGUCUGUUGUCAUUGGUCUUCACUACCUGGACAUUAACGACCCUACUGCUGUAAGGAAGCCUGUAAAUCAGAUCAUAAAGCAUCCAGGUUAUAAUUCAGCAGGAGUUGACAAUGACAUCGCUCUGCUACAUCUGAGCUCUCCGGUGACUUUCACUGACUACAUCCUGCCUGUCUGUUUGCCAGAGAGCAACAGUGUUUUUCACAAUGGCACUAACAGCUGGGUCACUGGCUGGGGAGACGUAGCAGAAGGAGAGUACCUUCCAUAUCCUGGCCGCCUACAGGAAGUUGAGAUGCCUGUAAUUGGGAACCGGAAGUGUAAAUGUAUCUAUGGCGUGAAUGUCAUCACAGAUAACAUGAUCUGUGCAGGUGUGCUACCAGGAGGCAAAGACUCCUGUCAGGGAGACUCCGGUGGUCCGAUGGUGAUCCAACAGAACUCUGUGUGGAUCCAGUCUGGUGUUGUCAGUUUUGGUUAUGGAUGCGCUCGUCCAAAUAUUCCUGGAGUCUACUCAAGGGUGUCUCAGUACCAGGCUUGGAUCCAGUCCCACAUCAACAGUGACCAACCAGGGUUUGUCCAGUUCUCCUCUGUUGGAGUUGAUGCUGAUGAUAGCGUCUCUUGUCCUGGGCUUCCACCACUAGAUACAAAUAGUAACAUGGCACCCACAUCUGCAGACUCACAGAGGGACGACAUGGAAGCUAUCAACGUUGGAGGACAAGACAGCCUUCCAGGAAACUGGCCCUGGCAGGCAAGCUUACAGAUUUCUGGCAACCAUUUCUGUGCAGGCUCCCUCAUCAACAAGAAAUGGGUCUUAACAGCUGCACACUGCCUUGUUGGAUUCAGACGGUCAAGGUUAAGGGUGAUCUUUGGUCUUCAAGACCUGGCUAACCGCAAUCGCAAACAAGGAGACUCGGGUGGUCCAAUGGUCAGCCAACAGGACUCUGUGUGGAUCCAGUCUGGAAUUGUCAGUUUUGGCUAUGGCUGUGCUCGCCCCAAUUAUCCUGGUGUGUACACCCGGGUGUCUGAGUACCAGGCUUGGAUCAAGUCCCACAUCCGCUGGGAUCGACCAGGCUUCAUCCGGUUCUACUCCAAUAGAACAGAGGUGGAUAGUGACAGUGACCUCUGCUCCUGA